AGUUUUAGCAAUGGUUCUAAAAAUUGGGUUUAAUACAACCAAGGGUUCAUUAAUUAGGUCCAUGUUAUUCCCCAAACCUACUGGAUUUAAAUUUUAUGAAGAUUCAUUUAAAUAUAUUGGAUUCAUGACAUUUAUUGCAUUUAUUGGUUUUAUAUAUUCUACUUAUAAUUUUAUUCAAUUGGGGAUUGAUAAAUCCAUUAUGGUUUUGAGAGCAUUAGAUAUAAUCACCAUUGUUGUUCCACCAGCAUUACCAGCAACUUUGACUAUAGGAACUACGUUUGCCAUCAACCGAUUGAAAAACUUCCAUUCAAUUUUCUGUAUAGCACCAACCAGAGUUAAUAUUGGGGGUAAGCUUGAUGUGAUUUGCUUUGAUAAAACAGGGACCCUUACCGAAGAUGGAUUAGAUGUGUUAGGAGUUCAUGUUACUAAGAAUGCACAUGGGAGAAAACAAAUAAUCUUUGAAGAAUUGAAAAAUGAAGUAUCAGAAUUAAGACAUCGAGGAGAUGAAUCGUUUAGUAAAUUAAUGAAUUUUGGAUUUGGACUGACUCAUGGGAAUGAGAAAACUUUUAAUAGUAGUGAAGAAUUGGUUAUUGGGAUGGCGGUGUGUCAUUCGCUUCGAUUAAUUGAUGAUGAGUUAUUGGGAGAUCCGCUUGACGUGAAGAUGUUUGAGUAUCUGAAUUGGAAGCUUGAAGAUCAUGAUGGGAUGAAAGUUUAUCCUGGAGAUAGUGUAUUAAACGAAGCAAUCAGGAUUAUCAAAGAGUAUGAAUUUAUUUCAUCAUUAAGAAGAAUGUCAGUCAUGGUUGAAAAAGCUGACGGAACCAAGAACAUUUUCACCAAGGGAGCACCGGAGGUUAUGAUUGAUAUCUGUCGACCGGAAACGAUCCCACUUGAUUACGAAGAAGUGUUACAUGAGUAUACCAAACGAGGUUACAGGGUUAUUGCAUUAGGGUCCAAAGAACUUGAAGAAGACGACGGAAGUCGAGACCAGAUGGAAAAAGAAUUACAAUUCAAUGGGUUUAUAAUAUUUGAAAAUAAGUUAAAGGAAUCCACCAAACCAACCCUUGAAGAAUUAAACCAGGCCCAGAUCCGAACAAUCAUGUGUACUGGGGAUAAUGUACUUACUGCGAUUAGUGUUGGGAUUGAAAGCGGGAUAAUCAGUAAGGAUAUUGAUAUAUAUGUACCAAGAUACGAUCCCGAGGAUAAUGAUACCAAUUUAGUUUGGGAAGGGUACCAGGAUAAUCAGCUCAAGUUGGAUUCAUAUACGUUGAAGCCAUAUUUUGAUAAUAUUCGAGAGGAAGUGAAGGAGUAUCGGAUUGCAAUCACUGGGGAUAUUUUCAAGUAUAUUUUAAUUGAUUUAAUUCAACAGGAUGGCCGCUUUGAAUCAUUAAAGGAAAAAAUCCUUAUGAAAUGUGAUAUUUUCGCCAGAAUGUCACCGGAUGAAAAACACGAAUUGGUGGAACAAUUACAGAAAAUCGAUUACACGGUGGGAUUUGUGGGAGACGGAGCUAAUGAUUGUGGAGCAUUAAAGGCUGCUGACGUCGGGGUAUCGCUUAGUGAAGCCGAAGCGUCGGUGGCCGCACCAUUCACCAGUCGAAUUUUUGAAAUCAAAUGCAUUCUUGAUAUCAUCAAAGAAGGAAGAUCGAGUUUGGUAACGAGUUUCUCGUGUUUCAAAUACAUGUCGUUAUACCUGGCGAUUCAAUUCAUCACGGUUAGUAUAUUAUACAAGAGAGGAACCAAUUUAGGAGAUUUUCAAUUUUUGUACAUUGAUUUAUUUUUAAUUUUACCGUUGGCAAUCUUCAUGUCCUGGCUGAAGCCCUUUGAUAAAAUCAUUAUCAAAAGACCCAGUGCUAAUUUGGUGAGUGCUAAAAUACUUAUCCCGUUGGUAUUACAGAUUAUUGUUAUUUUAGUUUUCCAAAUCAUUAUUUGGAAAUUAGUGCAAUUCCAGCAAUGGUACAUCAAACCAAUUCCAGCGGGGGACGAUGAUGUCAAAUCCAGCGAUAACACCGUGUUGUUUCUCUAUACUAAUUUCCAAUACAUUUUAAUCGCCAUUGUGCUUAGUCGGGGUCCUCCAUACAGACAACCGAUUUAUGAGAACUGGCCUUUUUUGCUCAACUUAAUCAUCACCACCCUAAUCUCCAGUUUAUUAUUCAAAAUCGACGAGAACCUGUGGUUGGGGGAUUUUAUGCAAUUAACCAACAUGAGUAGUACAAUGUACUCUACGAUUAUUGUGUUAUCCCUCAUCAACUUGGUGGUUAUGAUCAAGGGAGAAGAAUCCUGGUUCACGCAAAUUGCUGCGUACUACAAAUCGCUACUCCAUAGACGGAGACAAAGCAAAAAGCGAUUCAAAAACCUACUCAUUGACUUUGAAAAACUAGAAGUUGUAUAGCAGACAAACAGUUACCAAUAUACACAGUUAAUAUACAACAGUUACCAAUAUACACAGUUAAUAUACAACAGUUAAUAUACAACAGUUAAUAUACAACAGUUAAUAUACAACAGUUAAUAUACAACAGUUA